AUGGAUAAACACAAUCCCAUGUCGCGAAAGGAUAGUCAUGGCCACGACACCGGAUUCAUGGCUCACGGCUCACAUUCUACGUCGGAGUCCGAGGAGGCAACCACGUUGGAAAAGGMAUGGCAGCCACUGUUCGAGCAAGACCGCCCGACCGUGCGCCUUGGCCAGUUUCUAAGAGGUCUGGCUGUGCACCUUAUCGAAGACUUUGAACCUAAAGGCAGCCUCGUGGUGACACCGGCAAAGAUGAUGCGGUUCUUCGAUGAAACAAAGGUUUCUGGUGAACACUACCCUUGGGAAGCGAUAUAUGGCGGCAGGAUUGGCAACAACUCAAUAUCUUCCAUGUACCGAAAGCUGUUGUGCCAGCAUCACCUCGUGCAAAAGAAUUAUCACGAGGCGCCAAGCAUCCCAGGACUCACCCCCAUCGGCUUCGAGACACUCAUGACAUGCAUGAUCCAAGCUCACCCGGAUACUGAGUUUGAGCGCUUGGCAAAGGCGGUUCAAGAGAUGCCCAUCUCCAAUGCCGAUGACAGAACCGAGCGCUUCCCGAAACAGCUAUCACGGAGACUGUUGCCUGCUAGACCAAACAGACAGGCAGAGCAACGUCUGAUCUCAAGUCUCAGUCAUGAGCCGGAGCUGGUACCGCCGGAGAGGGAGGCUUCAGCGAUGCCGCCACCACCUCCCGAGCCGCCUCUGCAGAGCUUCGUUCAUGAACGGGAACGCAAGCCUUACUCCCAGCGCUCUCAGCAACCGAAUGCAGUCUACGGCGAUGAUGAAGAUGUCACUUCACCCGCUUUGCCAAUCGAACGAGAGCGCAAGCCUUACGUCGCCAAGGAGGGCAUGGGUAAAAGACAUGAGGAUGACGGGCGAGGGUAUGAUCGCGAUGAGCGACAACAUCGUCCUGAUCCACCUGUAAACAGACCAUCUCGUUCUGGAUCCGGGUUUAAUGCAGCGACAGAUCCAAUGAACAUGCCAUUCCCAAACCGGAGUCAUAGAUCGUCGACUGGUCCACCUCCUGCUGGCCAAGGGUGGUCCAACUCCACUCGAAGAUCUCCGACCUCGCAAAAUGGAUUCGCACGGAGCGAUCCUGUUGAUGUGGGCGGUAUUCCGCCUAGCCAGUAUGCUUCGAAUCUGCAUGGGMCCUACAUGAGAGAUCCAUUGAUGAGGAAUCCCUCUACGAGAGAUUCCUCCAUGAGAGAUCCUUUUUUGAGAGACCCGCCGAUGCGAAGUAACAGAGAUGCUCCGUUGAGGGAUCCAUCUUUGCGAGAUCUGCCGAUGAGGGAAGCUUCAAUGAGAGACCGCUCAGACGACGAUGAGUACUUUAACCGAGCCAUGCCAGCACGUGGUGGACAACAAAUGCCGACGAGCUAUGAUCCUAAGGUACCCCACCGGAAUAGUGUCAACUCGAUCGAUGAUCGACGGCGCAGCUGGUAUACAAACAUGCCACCGGCAGGAAUGCAGCCCGGGGGACCUGGUACCGACGGAUACGGAAGCUACUCCUCCGGCAGCGCGCACUAG